AUAAGUCACCAUGACUACCAAACAUGGACUGAUAACUGAUUCAUUCAAAGUGGUGAAGAAAGCAAGGAGGGGAGGCAAACGACAGAAGGCUCCAUCUCCUCCUCCACAGAAAGCAGAACAAGUAACCAAAACAGUCCGAGAGGAAGAGCUGCAGAAGCUCCAACAGUUUGACCUGGACUGGAGAUUUGGACCGUGCACAGGUAUCAGACGGCUGCAGAGAUGGGAGAGAGCAAAACUUCAUGGUCUUAACCCACCUGAGGAGAUCAGAUACCUGCUGCUUCAGACAAACACUGACCCUGAGUACAACCAGAGCCUGUGGUGUGACUAUCCGCUGUGAAGAAAUCAUCAAAAGAAAGAGAAACGUGUGCAAACUUCCAGAAAAGUCAAGUUCAUUUGUAUCAACACUAAUCACAAUAUAUCUCUAAGUAACGAUAAACCUUUUAUCUGUAAAUUUUAAAAAAUAUGUAAAAAAAUAAUUUAAAACUGGAAAUGAGUCGCAGAGAAGAGAACCGUCCUUCAGUUGAAGACAGAAAGUGUUAGAAAAAAAUCAUAGAUGUGUUUGUGAACUCUUUUGUUUUAUAAAUGUUUUUAAUAAAAAAAGUUCUACCAAAAAA